UUUACUAUAGAAAAUGAGGUGUCAUUACGACGUCUUGGGAAUACCGAAAGACGCAGACGAUUCUCAAAUUAAAUCUGCUUAUAAAAAAUUAGCACUCAAAUGGCAUCCUGAUAAGAACUUGGGAAAUGCUGAAUAUGCAAAGGAAGAGUUUCAACUCGUGCAGCAGGCGUAUGAAAUAUUGAGUGAUCGACAAGAGAGGGCGUGGUAUGACAACCAUCGCGAACAAAUUUUGCGCGGUUCAAAUUCCGAAUUCAAAGAUAACAGUCUUGAUGUCUUUCAGUAUUUCACAACAACCUGUUUCAAGGGCUACGGGGAUGACCUCAACGGAUUUUACGUUGUUUACAGAAACGUUUUCGAAAAAAUUGCUAAAGAAGACUUAGAAUUUAUGGAAGACAAAGACGAAUUUUGUCAGAUACCAUCAUUCGGGGAUUCUAAGAGCGAUUAUGACGAAGUGGUGGGGCCUUUUUAUGCAUACUGGAUGAGUUAUAGUACAAAAAAGAGUUACGUUUGGCUAGAUCCUUACAACCUCAGUGAUAUUCGAGACCGAAAAAUCUUUAAAAUAGCAGAAAAGAAAAAUAAAAAAAUACGGCAACAAGCCAAAAAAGAACGAAAUGAUGAAAUUAGGAAUUUGGUAGCUUUUGUUAAAAAAAGGGAUAAGCGCGUCCAAGAACAUGCAAAAAAAAUACAAGCUAAAAUAUUAGAAAAUAGGCAAAAAUAUGAGCAAAUCAGCAAGCAAAAAAGAUUAGAGCGCAAAAAAUUACAUGACGAUCAUACUCAAGCAGAAUGGACGAAAUUUGAUAAUGUAAAGUCGGAAUUAGAAGAAAUUGAGCGUCGACUUGCGGAACAAUUCGGAGAACAGUUAUCCGAUUCUGAAGAAGAUCAAGAAGAUAGCGAAGAUGAAAACAGUUUAUAUUGCGUCGCCUGUAAUAAAAUUUUUAAAACUCCAAAAGCACUCCAAAACCAUGAAGCAAGUAAAAAACAUAAAGAAAAUUUACAAAUAUUGCAAGAAACAAUGUUAGAUGAAGAAAAUGAUAUUAGCGAAUCAUCAGAAGAACAAGAAAACGACAUAAGUGAAACAUUAGAGAAAAACCCCCCACAAGAAGUUAUUAAAGGGGAUAAUCAUAGUGAUUAUCUAAUUUCUGAUAAAGAAGGUAUUCAUAAUGCAUCUGAUAGUAGUUUUUCAACUACAGAAACCAAAAAGAAAAGGAAAAACAAAAAGAUGCAUAAAUCUUCUACAAGACAUAUUUUAGUAGAAAAUGAAAACAAGAAUGGUGAUGAUAUUUUACCAAAACAGGAUGAAAUAGGGAAAUUUUCUGAUGAUGAUAGUGAAUUUAACAGUUUCAGUAAAGGAAAAAGACAAAAGAAAAAACCUAAAAAAUCAUUACAAAAAUUUGAAGAUAAUCGAAACGUACGUGCAACAGAAGAUAAUCACAAUGUGAUAAAGAAUGCUUUAGAGGAAUCUUUCAAAGAAACCACAAGAAGAUCUAGUAACAAAACAAAUAAGAAAAAAGAUCCCAAAAAUGAAAAAGAAGCAAUCUGUAAUAUCGAUAUCGACACCAACCACUGUUGCGCAUCAUGUAAAUCGAAUUUUCCCUCCAAAAAUAAAUUAUUUGAACAUCUCAAAGCGACAGGUCACAGUGUAUAUUUGUCCAAAGAACAGAAAAGGGGCAAACAGAAGAAAGCUAUUAAUAACUCAAGUUAAAUGUACAAUAGUUAAUCUUAAUGAAUAAACAGUGGAAGCUGCAAAUCUACUUUUAUUUCAAUGUAUUUCCUUUUAAG